AUGACUCCUGUAACCCCGUCUUUCCUGGUGCUACCGUAUCAGGCUUUCCUCCAGAAUCAGAAGAAUCUUUUCUAUUGCUGUGACAUGCGUAAAAUUUUAAAACAGUCCAACCUUUUCCUGGAAAUACUCACUAGUGAUGCUAUCGACGACAGAACUCCUGCUCUGAACAGCAUCAUUCCAACACUUGGAGGUAUUCUUGACCUUGUCGAGGAGCAUCGAGAAGUUAUGGUUCACGUGGAAGCAAGCAUUUUGAAACCUAUAAAUUGCAUUCUAACGGCGGGUCAUGUUGAGUUCUAUGAUGACGUCAUUAUUCUCCUGCAAUCUCUGCUGCAAAAUUAUGUGAGCGAGCCUAUGUGGGCUGUUUACAACAAGCUAUACGAGGUGUUUAAGAACACGGACCGGCAAACCAUCUUGCCAUUUUCAGAUAUUGCUCACGUGUUACACAAGUACAUCGUCACUGACAACGAGAGUUUUUUGGCUUUUCCUGAUCGUAUGGAUGCUAUGAUCGACAUGUGUCAAACGACACUUCAGGAGCAGUACUCCUUACAUAUGCUGACAAAGUUAACAAAGUUAACGCUGAGUUGA